AUAGUGUUUUUUUUUAAGAGGUGCUGACGCCAUUGCGUAGGACUGGCCCUAAAACCGUGAUCUCGGAGCGCCUCUCUCAGAGCUUACUUCCGCUCUCUUCAAGUUAGGGAUCGGGCUCAGCCUCCACUUUCCUCAGGCGGCAGCGGCAGCGGUUCGCGAUGUUCGGCCUCAAGAGAAACGCAGUAAUCGGACUAAACCUCUACUGUGGGGGAGCCGGAUUAGGACAGGGCAGCGGCGCCUCCUCUCCGGGGGGGCGGCUCUUGGCUGCGGGGAAGGAGGCCACGGCGCGGCGAGAGGUAGGGGGAGGGGAAGCCGGCACGGUGAUUGGCGGAAGCGCCGGCCCGAGCCCCCCGGCCACUCUUGCGCCCGACGCCCGGAGGGUCGCGCGGCCCUCGCCCAUUGGCGCCGAGGGCCCCGACGUCACCGCGACCCCCACCAGACUGCUGUUCUUCGCGCCCACACGCCUCGCGUCGCCGCCUGAAGAGAUGGAAUCCCCGAUCUCCGACGCCAUCAUGUCGCCCGAAGAGGAGCUGGACGGGUGCGAGCCAGACCCUCUCGGGAAGCGGCCUGCCGUCCGGCCUUUACCUUUGUUGGUCGGAGAAGCCAGUAACAACAGUCCAGGCUCGGACGGCUCGCUGCCCUCGACGCCGCCCCCAGCAGAGGAGGAGGACGACGAGUUAUAUCGGCAGUCCCUGGAGAUUAUCUCUCAGUACCUCCGGGAGCAGGCAACCGGCGCCAAGGACGCGAAGCCCCUGGGCGGGUCUGGGGCCACCAGCCGGAAGGCGUUGGAGACCCUGCGCCGAGUCGGGGAUGGGGUGCAGCGCAACCACGAGACGGCUUUCCAAGGCAUGCUUCGGAAACUGGACAUCAAAAACGAAGACGAUGUCAAAUCUUUGUCUCGAGUGAUGGUUCAUGUUUUCAGUGACGGAGUAACAAACUGGGGCAGGAUUGUGACUCUUAUUUCUUUUGGUGCGUUUGUGGCCAAACACUUGAAGAGUAUAAAUCAAGAAAGCUGCAUCGAACCACUAGCAGAAAGCAUCACAGAUGUUCUCGUAAGGUCAAAACGAGACUGGAUAGUCAAACAAAGAGGCUGGGAUGGGUUUGUGGAGUUCUUCCAUGUAGAGGACCUAGAAAGCGGCAUCAGAAAUGUGCUGCUGGCUUUUGCAGGUGUUGCUGGAGUAGGAGCUGGUUUGGCAUAUCUAAUAAGAUAGCCUUUUAAGUGCAAUAAUUGAUUCUUCAACCACCAAAAACAGCCACGAAAAUCACCACUGUGAACUCAUACAUAUUUAUGAAGUCGGACAUCAGGCUGUGCAGGCCAUCACCUAGCGAUGGAUAAAACCAAGUGACAGGAGGAUUGUGGCUAACAGUAAUAAACACAUGAGAAAAGUAAUUUCCCUUGAAGAGUCAGUAUCUGAAAGAAGCUGAGUUCCAUUUCAGCAACAGGCAACCUUUGGGAAGCUAUGGAGAUGGACAUUUUGGUGAAGACUGUAGAGUGGAGAGACAACUCUCCUAGAACAGGAAAUGGACAGGCUGGUCAUAGAUAUGCCCACUGAAUUCAUAAACUUUUGUAUAGUGUUAAAAUAGAAGCACUAACAACGCCAGUAGCACGUGUAAAAUUUAAGCUACAACUAUGACAAGAAGCCUCAGUACUGUACAGCAGAGUGAAGGGAAGCUUUUUUCCUCUGUAGUUAGCUUUCCCAUGUGGGAUUCUUCAAUAGACCAAAUGCUCAGGAUGUUUAUAGCUGUUCUACUUUGAGGGAUUCUUAUUUGCCUAAUGUCGUGGCCAAGAAUACUGAAAGUUUGAAUAGAAUUACAAAUUUGGAAUGUUCAAUUUUGAAAAACUGUUUAUCUGUAAAAAUUGUUUAUAAGUUUGGAAAUUAGUAUUAAUCAAAAAGAUAAAAACAAAAUUUAUUUUCAUUUUUUCAUACCCUUAAAUUCAGUUUCUAUAGUUAGGAACCUGUUUCUUACAGCUCUUCUAUUCUAAUCUUUGUUCUAGUCAAUACUAGUUUGUAUACAGAACCAGCUGAUGUAAUGGUAUGCAACCUGGUGUAGUACAACAAUUCUGAUAACUAUGCAGGCUUUAAUUUUCCUAUCUUGAUUUGGGUAAGUAUUUCUUAAACUGCUGUUUGGGGGGGUUUUUUGUUUUUUUAACCUGGGACUGAGAAAUUAAUGGAAAUUAAUCCUUUCACUUUGUUACAACCUGGGUUUUCAAUAAUUGAGUCAAGGUUUUAAGGUUUAUUUUGGGGGUGGACCACACAGGCUGAUGACUUUCAGAUGAUGGGCUCUGAUUAGGCAACUACUUAUUUUGAAUUCCUUCCAUUUGUCCUAAUUUAACUGGUGCAAUUUAAACUGAGUUCAUGAGCUCAUCUUCAGAGCUUUUGCUAAAAGAUUUUCAGGUGUUCCAAUAGGAAUAUGUAUAAAAAGAUCACAUCAGGUGGAUGAGAGACAUUUGACCCCUAUUUGCUUAAUAAAUUGUACAAUAAUGGCUUGGCAAAGCAAGCUAUAGUCUAACCAUGGUGCUAUUAUUAGGCUUGCUUGUUAAAACACAGGUCUAAGCCUAGCCUGUGAAUAAAACAGAUACUUAUUUCAUUUUUAUUAAUGAUUCUUGAACUUUUAUUUCCUAUCCUUCCUUAAAAUAUUUGCUGCUUAUUCUGCUCACUCUACACAUAUUUAUAUUAGUCCCUACAAAUUUACCUUGCCAUUCCUGAACUCUUAUUAGCCCUUUUGGUUUUUGGCAUUAGCAACCUAAGUGACCACCCACAGAGUCCUCCGACCUUCCUCAUUUUUGAAUUUUAUCUUAGGAGAUGGCAGAAGAGUGGAUGCUGACAGUAACAGUCAUGAGGUGAGAAGAGUCCCUUUUUGUACUAGUAUCUUACUGGGUGUUGCUUAACUCUGGGGAGAAAUUUUCAAAAGUCCCCUUAGGGGUUUUCAGAGAAGGGGACAACUUCUUAGGUGAUUUUCUCUAGGUACCUUUGCAUUUGGAUAUGCUCACUUAAAAUUGAUGGGCUCUUUUGUUAAACCUCAAAGUUAUAUAAAAGUUACUAGUAAACCGAAGAAAACUACAGUGGAACCAGGAUCAUUUGAAAACUUGAGCCUCUGAAUGUGACCUUUAGUUUGUGGACUCCAGAUGAAAAUAGACAUGAAUAAAAUGACUAAGAAUGUAAUAAGGGAAUAAUUGCCCUGCCUGCCCAUCUCUAAGCCUUAAGGUCAUCUAGCUAGAGCUAUUUUUUUAUCUGUGUAUUUAUCAUUGUGAUCAGAGACCACUUAUUUAUAUCAUGUCUAUCUCUAAGGACCUAAAAGCACUUUAUAUAGUUAAUUAAUCUUAAGAUCUAGUUAAGGUGACUGAAAGGCCUGUCUCCCCAUAGCCAGUUGUGGAAAUAAGCACAGAGAUGUAAAUUGAUGGAAUUUAGGGGCCCCAUUUCCACUUUACUAGGUGUGAGUGCUGAAAUGUAAAGGAGGAUCUAAAAUUGAUAUUUUGGUCAGCAGCUGAUGAUGAGGGUUUAGGGAGCCCAAUUGCCUUGGGGCAAGGUGAGGGCUUCUGUAGGGAGAAGAGGCACAUGUUGUAAGUGCUGACUACAUAUGUGCAGGCAAAUCCUCCACAGUGGAAAGGGAGGGGCUGCUUGGAAAGACGGCUCUCAGCAGCUUCUGUCUGAUGCUUCUCUCAGGGAAAACCCUGCAGUCCUUCAGUCUUGAUCCGUGUACAUUUUGUUGGGGGUGAACACCUUGGUUCUGGUUAAAACAGCUAAUGCUGUUGACAGCUGUGCCGAGAAGGGUUAGGACCAACAAGCUAGUGUGGGCUAUCAAAUGCAGUGUGUUUCCCUAACUUCCUGUCUUUCCUGAGAAGAAAAUAAAUAUUUUAUUCAAAUACAA